CUUACCGGCAUUUCAGUAUUCCACGGCGCCGAAAGAGGACCGUCGUAUAUUAUUUAUUUAUUUAUUGUGCAUACUUUUACUUUUUCACUUAAAAUGUUGUCUCUUUGUCUUUACGUGCCUGUUUCCAACUCGGAUCCAAUCGAGGUUGAUUAUUUCGAGUCAAAUCGUCUUCCAUCCGAGCUGAAAUCGCUUUUCAAGCUAAGCGUGCUCCUCCCAUCUCAAGAAUUUUCUACGUACCAGAAAUGGAGAAAGAAAAGUGUGCGGGAGGAGAAGGAGGUGGAUGGCCAACUGGACUUUGAGGAAUUCGUCCAUUACCUGCAAGACCACGAAAAGGACCUGAAGCUCGUCUUCAAGACACUGGAUAAGAAGGAUGCCGGUAAUAUCAAUGCCAAAGAGAUUGUGGAUUCGUUACGAGACCUUGGGGUCCACAUCACAUUACAGCAGGCGGAAGGUGUCCUGAGGAGCAUGGACAAGAACGGAACAAUGACCAUUGACUGGAAUGACUGGAACAACUGCCCCACCCAGCAGCCGGAAGAGUCCAUCCCAGAGAUCAUUUUGUAUUGGAAGCACUCAACGAUCUUUGAUGUGGGCGAGAGCCUGCUGGUUCCUGAUGAGUUCACCACGGAGGAGAAGCUGACCGGCAUGUGGUGGAGGCACCUGGUGGCCGGAGGAGGGGCUGGAGCCGUCUCUCGAACCUUCACCGCUCCCCUGGACCGCCUCAAGGUUAUCAUGCAGGUCCACGGCACCCGGAGCGGGAACAUGUGCAUCAUGAGCGGCCUGACCCAGAUGAUCAAGGAGGGCGGCAUCCGGGCGCUCUGGAGGGGGAACGGCAUCAACGUAAUCAAGAUCGCGCCCGAGACGGCCCUCAAGUUCAUGGCCUACGAACAGAUUAAGCGCAUUAUGGGAAGCAACCAGGGCUCCAUCGGCAUCUCUGAGCGUUUCGUUGCCGGCUCCCUGGCAGGUGUCUUCGCCCAGAGCGUCAUCUACCCUAUGGAGGUUCUGAAGACCCGUCUGGCGCUGAGGAAGACGGGCCAGUAUGCGGGCAUCUCGGACUGUGCCAAGCAGGUGCUGCGGCGGGAGGGCCUGGGGGCCUUCUACAAAGGCUAUGUGCCCAACAUGCUUGGCAUCAUCCCCUACGCUGGCAUCGACCUGGCCAUCUACGAGACUCUGAAGAACUCGUGGCUGCAGCGUUACGGGUCUGAGAGUAAAGACCCAGGCAUCUUUGUCCUCCUGGCCUGCGGAACAGUCUCCAGUACCUGUGGUCAAUUGGCCAGCUAUCCUUUGGCCCUGGUCCGCACACGCAUGCAGGCACAAGCAACGCUACAGAGUACGGGCCCCCAGCUGUCCAUGACGGGGCUCUUCAAGCAGAUCCUCCAGACGGAGGGCCCCACGGGCCUGUACCGGGGCCUCACCCCCAACUUCCUCAAAGUCAUCCCCGCCGUCAGCAUCAGCUACGUGGUGUACGAGAACAUCAAGUCCUCGCUCGGGGUCCAGUCUCGGUGAAGAACGCCAAGCCUUAAAUGAGAAAUAUCUGGACAUUUGUCAACCUUUUCUGGUCUUUGCUGGUGUGGCGCGCCGGAAAGAUGAGUAAGAACUCCGAAGCCGUGGCACUUCAGAUCCCGGUGAGGAGUUGAGGAUGAGCCGAAUGGAGAAUGGGAAGGCUGAAGAAGAGAGGUGUGAAGAUGGGAGGCACAUGCACAAAAGGUGAAGGUGAAAUGGACUUAAGAAUACUGAACUAUGGAGGGGCGGGCGGUCGCCCUGAACCAACACUGCUGCUGAGAUAAUAUAACGAAACGGAUUUAUUUUUAUAAGGAUCGAGAGACCAUGGUACUUUAUGUAAACACUAAAGCUCUAGGGACCAACUUUAUGUUGACUGUGUUUUUGUUUAAUUUGUGUUGAGUAUGACUGCAACAAUGAUUACUUUUAUCCAUGUGAGAUCAUUAGCAGCAUGUGUGUAUGGUGGGCCGUUGUGCCCUGUAUGGCAGUAUUAAGGAUGUUGAGCGGCACCCAGCCUGUUGAGUGCAGUCCAAAUCGUCUCAGAGUUGGCCUCGCUCAUCGCUUUACACCAGGCUACUCUUGGGCGCCUGGUUGUGGGGGGGAUGGUAGGUCGUGCCUGGGGUGGGGGUAUUUAUUCAGUAGUUUCUUCACCUUUAAAAGCAAAAUGAAGCUUGCAGUGAUGUCCUUCGUCAGGUACAUCUAUUUAUGCAACAUAUGCAGAUAAUUUAUUUUUUUACUGUGUCUGUCUGAGAGUUGCAGUAUUGUGCUGACUGUGGCUGUUGUGUGCGUGUGAACAAGGGGCUUUCAUAUGUGUACCUCCUUGCUCCAAUGUGUCUCGUCAGGGAGAAAUGUAAUUACACCAAACUCAAUGUGAAGAGCGCACAAGAAAUGUAUCUUCUCUUUUACACAUAAUUAGCCGAGCUGCCAGUUCCUACAUCCAAGCGUAAGUUGGAAUGCUGAGUUUAUUCUUUUUUUUUCUUUUUUUUGUAACUGGUUUAAAGAUGGCCUUAAAUUCAACAUAUUGAACAGACAUUUAUGUGUGGGUGAUUAUUCUAAAUCAAUGGAUGCACUUUAUUGACUCGAGUCACUUUUUUAAGAAAUGGUCUUCAAUUUACUGCAGAGGAAGAGCAUUUAAAUCACCAUAUUGGUGUUUUUCACUGACUCGCAUUAUGGUUUUAUUGGGCAGGCAUUCCAGAUAUUCAUGUACAACAUUAAAGAAAAUAUCAAAGUUGGGGGAGGGGCUGCAUACACCGGUUCUAUGGUUGUGGGUGAAAUUUCAUCCAUUAAGCUACAGAAUGAGACUCGUUUUUCUUUUUCUUUUUCCAGUGUACAUCACUACAACUGAAUGUGUAGGCCCCUGCCUUACAGUUCAAAUAGCCUACAACAGGUAUUAAUACCUCAGGGAACAUGUUUAGUCAUUUGAAAAAGAUAGGGUUGUGUUUUUGUUCUGUUGUCUGUUCUUUUGUUGCGUUUAAACAGAUUGGAAAAAAUGUAAACUCCCUUGACUUUUGAAUAAAAAAAACAAGAUUUUAAAGUCAAA